GGCUUUCAAACGAGCAAAGUGGCAGUUGGUCAAGGCCACACCCCCACCCUCCACCUUAUUUUAGAGCUUGAAUACUUCCUCUGAGUCAUUAUUUUAAUCCUCCCUGAGAAAAAGAAGAUGGCAGGACCACAGAGAAACUAUAGUACCCGAAACCAAUGUGUUCUUUGUUGGUUCAUUAUCUUCACAUCACUUCACAUUGUUUUGGUUUGAUUUGAUGUCGAACAAACAGCAUGUUGUCAAAGAAAAAAACUAAACAAAAGAAAAACAUAUAUUUUGUCCUAUUAUUACAGGAAAAAAUCAAAUAGAUAUGCAUAUACAGCAUACAAAAUUGUAGGUCAUACAACACUUACACUUACAACAACAUGCAACUAUACACUUACAUUACAUUUACAUUCCUAUAUUCAGGUCUCCUUCUUACUGUAUUGGUCAAGUAUUGUUUUCUUGAAUCUAUUUUUAAACUGUAUAAUAUUAUGGCUCUGUUUGAUAUCAUUGUUCAGCCUAUUCAAACCAUACAUUAUGUGAUGGUUGGGGUCGGCUGGCUGUGAGUCUCUGUUUAUUUUUCUCUGGCUGUCAGUUUUUUUUCUUCUGUUUGCUCUGUCCCUCUCCCUGUGUCUCUUUUUGCUCUCUCUCCUCCCCUCCUGCCUACUGCCUGCCAGAUGACAACGCACACCAGCUGCCAAUCAACCAUCGCUGCUCUCCCGCCACACACACCUGCCAGCCAUCCACAAUCAAGCACAGUACUUCAACCCCGGCCCCACAGACCAUCUCCGCUGAAUUGUUGUCUCAGCUCCAUUGUGUUCACCUCCAAGCCUUCCAUAUCCAGUCAGCUGGCCUCACCAUCCAGUCCUCCUCCCACGGCACCUUGCUCCAUCCUGCCUCUGUCUCCCCAUUCAGGCAGCCCCUCCUCGGCUCCUCUGCUUCCCCACUCCAGUGUCUCCUCCUCGGGUCUUCGGCCCCGGUUUCCCCGCGUUUCCCCGAGCUCCCUGGCCAUCCUAGGUUUUCCCCUUGAGUCCCUCGCCCUCCUAGUUUCUACCCCUGAGUUCCCCGCUAACCUUUGUUUGAGUUUUGUUAAAUAAACUUGUUACGUUUGUGCCGUG